AGUGAGAGACUGUGAGGAAAAAAAAAAACCAGAAAAACCAAAACCUCGAAAAACGCCGCGACCAACCGUUGCGGAUCAUCCUGCGCGUGUUGUCCUCUUCUCCUCCACCCACACUCCGCCGCCUCGCCGGAAUCCGGAUCUCUCCUCUUCUCACCGGAAGGAGGAGGAGGAGGACGAGGAGGAGCUCUUCCCCGUCCCCUUAUCGUCCCUGCUCCGCGCCUCCACGACAAGCGCCGCCUCGGUUCGAGGGGGAGGGAUCGAGGAUGUGGUCGUCGAGCCAGGCGAGCACGAGGGGCGUGAUAGAGGUGGGGAGGGUGGAGGCCGGGCCGUCCCAUUUCCCCAAGAGGCAGCCUGCGCCGCGCAAUUCCUCCAGGAUCAAUCUAUCGAGGACAUAUGCAAUUAAAUCUUGUUCAGUGAGUAGCCGCACAGGGCUUUGUGUUGGACAAUGUUAUCAUAAAAAGUUUUCUUCUUGCAAAUGCAAGUUGGGAUGGUCUUCUCAACCAUUGUCUGGCUUGAGGCAUCACUUCAGAGUUCAUUCAUCAGCAUCAGAGGCAGUUCUUACUUCUCAAUCUGAUUUUGCAAAACUUCUUGUUGGGAACGAGAAAAUUGGUGUUCUCUUGCUGAAUCUUGGAGGUCCAGAGACCCUUGAUGACGUGCAGCCUUUCUUGUUCAAUCUUUUUGCUGAUCCGGAUAUUAUCCGUCUUCCUAGAUUGUUUCGCUUUCUACAGAAGCCACUAGCACAAUUCAUAUCUGUUGUAAGAGCACCAAAGAGCAAGGAAGGUUAUGCAUCCAUAGGUGGUGGUUCUCCUCUUCGUCAAAUUACUGAUGCACAGGCUGAAGCACUGAGGAAAGCAUUAUGUGACAAAGAUAUUCCUGCCAAGGUGUAUGUUGGAAUGCGGUACUGGCAUCCAUUCACGGAGGAAGCUAUAGAACAAAUAAAACGGGAUGGCAUCACAAAACUUGUUGUACUCCCUCUGUACCCCCAGUUCUCCAUAUCAACUAGUGGUUCAAGUCUCCGUUUACUGGAGGGCAUAUUCAGAGAGGAUGAGUAUCUGGUGAAUAUGCAGCAUACAGUUAUACCUUCCUGGUAUCAACGUGAAGGAUAUAUCAAGGCCAUGGCGACUUUGAUUGAGAAAGAACUAUCGAUGUUUCCAGAACCCCAAAAGGCUAUGAUAUUUUUCAGUGCCCAUGGGGUUCCUCUGGCAUAUGUAGAAGAAGCUGGUGAUCCGUACAAAGCAGAGAUGGAAGAGUGCGUGGAUCUUAUUAUGGAGGAACUCGAAAAAAGAGGAAUAACAAAUUCGUGUACACUUGCCUACCAGAGCCGAGUGGGGCCAGUUGAAUGGCUGAAACCCUACACAGAUGAGACAAUUAUCGAGCUGGGGCAGAAAGGAGUAAAGAGCCUUCUAGCUGUUCCCAUCAGUUUUGUCAGUGAACAUAUUGAGACUUUGGAAGAAAUUGAUGUAGAGUACAAGGAAUUGGCUUUAGAAUCUGGCAUCAAGCACUGGGGACGAGUUCCUGCAUUAGGUUGUGAACCCACAUUCAUAACAGAUCUUGCUGAUGCUGUUAUUGAAAGCUUGCCUUAUGUUGGUGCAAUGGCUGUUUCCAACCUUGAAGCUCGGCAGCCACUGGUGCCACUUGGGAGCGUGGAAGAAUUGCUAGCAGCAUACGACUCGAAACGUGAUGAGCUGCCCCCUCCAGUGACUGUAUGGGAGUGGGGCUGGACGAAGAGCGCGGAGACGUGGAACGGCCGGGCUGCUAUGCUGGCUGUGCUGGCUCUCCUGGUGCUGGAGGUGACAACCGGAGAAGGGUUCUUGCACCAGUGGGGCAUCUUGCCGUUGUUCCGCUGAGCCUAUAGAUGGGGGGCUCUCUCCUCAGGUCAGCUCUCUUUGAGUUGAUCUAAUCAUAAUUUUGAUUCAUAUGGGCACUGUCUCGAUGAUGCUGUAUAUGAACAGAAAAAGAAGAAAGAGUAUUAACUGAAUUUGACGAUGUACCACAUUAUCAUCAUGUUGUACAUACUAAAUAGCAUACGGACUACUAAGUACCAAGAUUAACAAAAUGGAAAAGCUGGCAGAAACGCCUGUUUUCCCA